GAGCUGCGGCUGCAUCCGCCGCAUCCGCCGCAUCCGCUUCUACUCGGUGCCGGCUCCUUGCCCUGCCCCUCAUGACUGCGGCGCCUCUGCUGCUACAGCCUUCCCGGCCACCGCUUGCCGCAGGAUGGAUGCGGGUCGCGAGGCGCUAACCCCGGUGGCUCAGCUCCUCGAUAGCUCGCCGACGAGCCCGCCUUGUGAGCCGAAGCAGCCGUCGCAGCUGGGCCCCGUGUCCCGCCUCGCCUUCGAGGUGACUUGUCAGUGCUGAGUUAGGAGUCGUCCGGUUUGAUCAGAAGCCAUCGCAGCGGAAUCUGCCGACCUUCACCGCUCCUCGGAGUCGGCCCCUCACCUAUUCUUCAUUCACAAAUUCGAGCAGGCUCGCCUUGCUCCAGCGUACCGACCAUGUCUGGCGGCGCCGCGGAGAAACAGAGCGGCACUCCGAGCUCUCUGUUCCUCUCGCCGCCGGUGCCUAACCCCAAGAAUGGCUCUAGCUCCGAUUCCUCUGUGGGGGAGAAACUGGGCACUGCGGGGACGGACGCUGGAAGUGGCCGGACUGAGGAGUACCGGCGUCGCCGCCACACUAUGGACAAGGACAGCCGUGGGGCGGCCGCGACCACCACCACCACCGAGCAUCGCUUCUUUCGUCGCAGCGUCAUCUGCGACUCCAACGCCACUGCGCUGGAAUUGCCCGGUCUCCCGCUUUCUCUCCCUCAGCCCAGCGUCGCCCCGGUGGGUCCGCAGAGUACUCCCCCAGAGCCCCAACGCGAGGAGACCUUGACCGCUACCGCCGCUGCCCAGGUAGCCCAGCAGCCUCCCGCCGCUGUUGCUGCCCCUAGGGAACCCCCCGCCGCGGGCCCUGCGGCCACGACUGCCCCCAGCAGUGCCAGCAGAGACCGCCAAGUUUCCCAGCCGGAUCAUGUGGGGAGCAAAGAGGAGCCUCCAUCGAGGAGCGGCAGCGGUGGCGGCAGCGCCAAGGAACCGCAAGAGGAACGGAGCCAGCAACAGGACGAUAUCGAAGAGCUGGAGACCCAGGCCGUGGGAAUGUCCAAUGAUGGCCGCUUUCUCAAAUUUGACAUCGAAAUUGGCAGAGGGUCCUUUAAGACAGUCUACAAAGGACUGGACACUGAAACCACUGUGGAGGUCGCCUGGUGUGAACUGCAGGAUCGAAAGUUAACAAAGUCUGAGAGGCAGAGAUUUAAAGAAGAGGCUGAAAUGUUAAAGGGUCUUCAGCAUCCCAAUAUUGUUCGAUUCUAUGACUCCUGGGAAUCCACAGUGAAAGGAAAGAAGUGCAUUGUUUUGGUGACUGAACUUAUGACAUCUGGAACACUUAAAACGUACCUGAAAAGGUUUAAGGUGAUGAAGAUCAAAGUUCUAAGAAGCUGGUGCCGACAGAUCCUUAAAGGACUUCAAUUUCUUCAUACUCGAACUCCACCUAUUAUUCACCGAGAUCUUAAAUGUGACAACAUCUUUAUCACUGGCCCUACAGGCUCCGUCAAGAUUGGAGACUUAGGUCUGGCAACCCUGAAGCGGGCUUCUUUUGCCAAGAGCGUGAUAGGCACCCCAGAGUUCAUGGCCCCUGAGAUGUAUGAAGAGAAAUACGAUGAAUCCGUUGAUGUUUAUGCUUUUGGGAUGUGCAUGCUUGAGAUGGCCACGUCUGAAUACCCUUACUCGGAGUGCCAGAAUGCUGCGCAGAUCUACCGUCGUGUGACCAGUGGGGUCAAGCCAGCCAGUUUUGACAAAGUAGCGAUCCCUGAAGUGAAGGAAAUCAUCGAAGGAUGCAUUCGGCAAAACAAAGAUGAAAGAUACUCUAUCAAAGACCUUUUGAACCAUGCCUUCUUCCAGGAGGAAACAGGGGUGCGGGUAGAAUUAGCAGAAGAAGAUGAUGGAGAAAAGAUAGCUAUUAAAUUAUGGCUACGUAUUGAAGAUAUUAAGAAAUUAAAGGGAAAAUACAAAGACAAUGAAGCUAUUGAGUUUUCCUUUGACUUGGACAGAGAUGUACCAGAAGAUGUUGCUCAAGAAAUGGUAGAGUCUGGGUAUGUCUGUGAAGGCGAUCACAAGACCAUGGCGAAAGCCAUCAAAGAUAGAGUGUCAUUAAUUAAGAGAAAACGAGAGCAGCGGCAGUUGGUGCGGGAGGAACAAGAAAAAAGAAAGCAAGAAGAGAGCAGUUUCAAACAGCAAGGAGAACAACAAUCAAGUGCUUCCCAGGCAGGAAUCAAGCAGCUCCCUUCGGCUAGCACUGGCAUACCUACUGCCUCUGCCACUUUAGCUUCAGUUUCUACACAAGUAGAGCCUGAAGAACCUGAGGCAGACCAACAUCAACAACUACAGUACCAACAACCUAGCAUAUCUGUGUUAUCUGACGGGACUGUUGACAGUGGUCAGGGAUCUUCUGUCUUCACAGAAUCUCGAGUGAGCAGCCAACAGACAGUUUCAUAUGGUUCACAACAUGAACAGGCACAUUCUACUGGCACACUCCCCGGGCACACAGCUUCUGUUGUCCAAGCACAAUCUCAACCCCAUGGGGUAUAUCCACCCUCAAGUAUGCCUCAGUCCAUGGUGCAUCCGUGUGGGGGGACCCCAACAUACCCAGAAUCACAGAUAUUUUUCCCAACUAUUCAUGAACGUCCAGUUUCUUUUUCACCACCUCCCACCUGUCCACCGAAGGUGGCCAUUUCUCAGCGGCGUAAGAGCACCUCCUUCCUGGAAGCCCAAACUCACCACUUCCAACCCCUGCUGAGGACUGUUGGCCAAAAUCUUCUUCCACCUGGUGGCAGCCCAACUAACUGGACACCAGAGGCCAUAGUUAUGCUGGGUACUACAACCAGUAGAAUAACUGGAGAGCCAUGUGAGAUACAGGUCAAGUCUAUGUUUGAAACACCUCAAGUUUACAGUGACUAUAGACCUGGACUAGUACUUCCAGAAGAAGCUCACUGUUUUAUUCCUCAGGAAGCAUUGUGUGUAGCUGGGGUACAGUACCAGGCCCAGGUGGCAGAACAGUAUGAGGGUAUUCCAUACAACUCACCAGUACUGUCAAGUCCUAUGAAACAGAUACCUGAACAGAAGCCAGUACAAGGGGGUCCUACCUCAAGUUCUGUCUUUGAAUUUCCAUCUGGACAGGCUUUCUUGGUAGGACACCUUCAGAAUUUAAGAUUAGAUUCUGGAUUGAGUCCAGGAUCUCCCCUCUCUAGUAUUUCUGCACCUAUCAGUACAGAUGCUACACGUUUGAAAUUUCACCCUGUCUUUGUUCCUCAUUCUGCGCCUGCUGUGUUAACUCAUAAUAAUGAGAGCAGAAGCAAUUGUGUAUUUGAAUUUCAUGUUCACACUCCAAGCUCCUCUUCAGGAGAAGGAGGGGGAGUUUUGCCUCAGCGUGUUUACCGAAAUCGACAGGUUGCAGUGGACUUGAAUCAGGAAGAACCACCUCCUCCAUCAGUUGGAUUACAUGGCCGCCUGCAGCCUGUGACUGAAGAACAGCAUAAUUAUUCCCCAGAAUUGACCGUGUCUGUGGUAGAGCCUAUCGGACAGAACUGGCCAAUAGGAAGCCCAGAGUAUUCCAGUGAUUCCUCACAAAUUACUUCUUCAGACCCCAGUGAUUUUCAAUCACCUCCCCCUACAGGGGGAGCAGCUGCACCUUUUGGCUCUGACGUCUCAUUACCCUAUAUCCGUCUGCCUCAGACAUUGUUACAAGAAUCCCCACUUUUCUUCUGUUUCCCCCAAGGAACCACAUCUCAGCAGGUUUUAUCUGCCUCAUUUUCUUCAGGAGGAUCUGCACUCCAUCCACAGGUGCAGGGGCAGAGCCAGGGCCAGCCAUCCUCAAGUGGUGUAACAGGGGUUUCAUCUUCCCAAACCAUACAACAUUCUCAGCAGCAGCAAGGAAUACAGCAGACAGCCCCUCCGCAACAGACAGUACAGUAUUCACUUCCACAGACAUCAGCCUCCAGUGAGGCCGCUACUAUACAGCCAGUGAGUCAGCCUCCAGCUCCACAGGUCUUGCCUCAAGUAUCAGCUGGAAAACAGCUUCCAGUUUCCCAGCCAGUACCAACUAUCCAAGGCGAACCUCAGAUCCCAGUUGCAACACAACCCUCAGUUGUUCCAGUCCAUUCUGGUGCUCAUUUCCUCCCUAUGGGACAGCCACUCCCUACUUCCUUACUCCCUCAAUAUCCUGUCUCUCAAAUUCCUAUAUCGGCUCCUCAUGUGUCUGCAGCUCAAACAGGCUUCUCAGCCCUUCCCAUCACAAUUGCAGCUGGCAUUAAUCAGCCUCUGCUCACCUUGGCUUCAUCGGCUACAGCAGCUACGAUCGCAGGGGGGCCAACUGUGGCUUCUAGUCAGCUUCCAACCCUUCUGCAGCCUGUGGCUCAGCUGCCAAGUCAGGUUCAGCCACAGCUUCUACAGCCAGCAGUUCAGUCCAUGGGAAUACCAGCUAACCUUGGACAAGCUGCUGAGGUUCCACUUCCCUCUGGAGAUGUUCUGUACCAGGGCUUCCCACCUCGACUGCCACCACAAUACCCAGGAGAUUCAAAUAUUGCUCCCUCUUCCAGCGUGGCUUCUGCUUGCAUCCCUUCUACAGUCUUAUCCCCUCCCAUGCCCACAGAAGCAUUAGCUCCACCAGGUUACUUUCCUACAGUGGUGCAGCCUUAUAUGGAAUCAAAUCUGUUAGUUCCUGUGGGCAGUAUAGGAGGACAGGUUCAAGUGUCCCAGCCAUCAGUGAGUUUAGCACAAGCCCCCACUACAUCCUCCCAGCAAGCAGCUCUGGAGGGUACUCAGGGAGUCUCUCAGGUUGCUGCUCCUCCAGAGCCAGUUCCAGUAGCACUGCCACAGCCUACCCAGCCUACCACUGUGGUCUCUUCUAUAGACAGUGCACAUUCAGAUGUUGCUUCUGGUAUGAGCGAUGGCAAUGAGAAUGUCCCAUCAUCCAGUGGAAGGCAUGAAGGGAGAACCACAAAACGGCAUUACAGAAAAUCUGUAAGAAGUCGCUCUCGUCAUGAAAAGACUUCACGUCCAAAAUUGAGAAUUUUGAAUGUUUCAAAUAAAGGAGAUCGGGUAGUAGAAUGUCAAUUAGAGACUCACAAUAGGAAAAUGGUUACAUUCAAAUUUGAUUUAGAUGGCGACAACCCUGAGGAGAUAGCAACAAUUAUGGUGAACAAUGACUUUAUUCUAGCAAUGGAGAGAGAGUCUUUUGUGGAUCAAGUGCGGGAAAUUAUUGAAAAAGCUGAUGAAAUGCUCAGUGAGGAUGUCAGUGUGGAACCAGAGGGUGACCAGGGAUUGGAGAGUCUACAGGGAAAGGAUGACUAUGGCUUUUCAGGUUCUCAAAAAUUGGAAGGAGAGUUCAAACAACCACUUCCUGCAUCUUCCAUGCCACAGCAAAUAGGCAUUACUACCAGUUCGUUAACUCAAGUUGUUCAUUCUGCCGGAAGACGGUUUAUAGUAAGUCCUGUGCCAGAAAGUCGAUUACGAGAGUCAAAACUUUUCACCAGUGAAACAUCAGAUACGGUUGCCGCCUCUACGUCUCAUGGUGCUGGAGUGAACUUGUCUCACUCUGCUUCAUCCCUUAGUCUACAGCAGGCCUUUUCUGAACUUAAAAAUGCCCAGAUGACAGAAGGACCCAAUACAGCGCCUCCCAACUUUAGUCAUACAGGACCAACAUUUCCAGCAGUGCCUCCUUCCAUGGGUAGCAUAGCUGGAGUCCCAACUACAGCGGGAACCACACCUUCAGCAUCAGUGCCUGUAACUAGCUGUCCUCUUAAUGACAUUUCCACAUCAGUAGUUCAGUCUGAGAUUACAGUGCCUCCUGGGAAAGGGAUUGCCACCUGCACAGGUGUAACUUCAAGUGGUCUCCCUAUACCACCUGCGUCUGAAUCACCAGUCCUUUCGAGCGUGGUCUCAAGCAUCACAAUACCUACUGUUGUCUCAACAUCAGCAACAUCCCAGUCAGUUCAGGCUCUGACAGCUGGGAGCAUUGUUUCUAGUACAGGCACUUUUCCCUCUAUGCCAGUUUCAACAACCUCAGCCUCUGCAGCGUGCAGUGCUACUGCCCCGGAGGCCAAGCCUUCACCUGUAUUAUCUCAGCAGUCAGCAGUCAGCACUACAGGGGCAGCCACAUUAACCUCAAUUUCUGCCACCACUCCGUUCCCAAGCAUAGCUCCACAGCCUUCUCUUCAGCUUAGCAGCAGCACCUCUGCUCCCACUCUGGCUGAAACAGUGGUGGUUAGUGCACACUCACUUGAUAAAACAUCUCAUAGCAGUUCAACUGGAUUGGCUUUAUCCCUCUCUGGAUCAUCUUCCUCCUCUUCCACUGGAGCACUAGUAUCUAGUUCUGUUUCUCAGCCUGGUGGAGUGCACCCUUUGGUCACCCCCUCAGCUAUGGCUUCUACUCCCGUCUUCUCCCAAGCAGCAGGGCCCACUUCUACACCGUUAUUACCCCCAGUACCUAGUGUCCCACCCUUGGUACAGCCUGUUGCCAAUGUGCCUGCCGUACAGCAGACACUAAUUCAUAGUCAGCCUCAACCAGCUUUGCUUCCCAACCAGCCACAUACGCACUGUCCUGAAAUAGAUGCGGAUACACAACAACCAAAAGCUGGGAUUGAUGACAUAAAGACUCUAGAAGAAAAGCUGCGGUCACUCUUUAGUGAACACAGCUCAUCUGGAACUCAGCAUGCCUCCGUCUCUUUGGAGACAUCACUAGUAGUAGAGACCAGUAUCACACCAAGCAUCCCAACCACUGCUGUUGCACCCAGCAAACUCAUGACUUCAACUACAAGUACUUGCUUACCACCAACUAGUUUGCCCUUAGGAGCAACUGGUUUGCCCGUUUUACCAGUGGUCACACCUGGGCAGGUUUCUACCCCAGUCAGCACUACUCCAGGAGCAAAACCUGGGACUGUUCCAUCAAAGCCACCUUUAACUAAGGCUCCGGUGCUGCCAUUGGGUACUGAACUUCCAGCUGGUAUUCCAUCCAGUGAGCAGCUGCCACCUUUUCCGGGACCAUCACUAACUCAGCCUCAGCAACCUCUGGAAGACCUUGAUGCUCAGCUGAGAAGAGCACUUAGUCCAGAGACUACUGCGGUGACAUCUGCAGCGGGUUCUGUGUCCGUGGUGGCUCCAACAGCAGUUACAGAAGCAGGAGCACAGCCUCAGAAGGAUGUGUCUCAAGUCACAGCAACUAGUUCAGGAACUGGUGUUUUUAAGACGGGGCGAUUUCAGGUUUCAGUUGCAAUGGAUGAUGCCCAGAAAGAGGGUAAAAAUAAGUCAGAAGAUACAAAGUCUGUUCAUUUUGAAUCCAGCACUUCAGAGUCUUCAGUGCUAUCAAGUAGUAGUCCAGAGAGUACCCUGGUGAAGCCAGACCCUGCUGGGCUAACCAUCCAUGGUAUCUCUUCAGAUAUCCCAGAUGGUGUCCACAAAACUCCUGCCUCAGAAGCAAAGUCAGAAACUGGGCAGCCUACCAAGGUUGGACGUUUUCAGGUGACAACGACAGCAAACAAAGUAGGUCGUUUCUCUGUAUCAAGAACUGAAGAUAAGACCACUGAGGCAAAGAAAGAGGGACCAAUGACAUCUCCUCCUUUUGUGGAUUUGGAACAAGCUGUUCUUCCUGCUGUGAUACCAAAGAAAGAAAAGCCUGAACUAUCAGAGCCUUCACAUCUGAAUGGGCCAUCUUCUGACUUGGAGGCUGCCUUCUUAAGUAGGGAUAUGGAUGAUGGUUCAGGGAGUCCACACUCCCCCCAUCAACUGAGCUCAAGGAGCCUCCCUAUCCAAAAUCUAAGUCAAAGCCUUAGUAACUCGCUCAAUUCCUCUUACAUGAGUAGUGACAAUGAGUCAGAUAUUGAAGAUGAAGACUUAAAGUUAGAGCUGCGACGGCUACGAGAAAAACAUCUUAAAGAGAUUCAAGACCUGCAAAGUCGCCAGAAGCAUGAAAUUGAAUCUUUGUAUACCAAACUGGGCAAGGUUCCCCCUGCCGUCAUUAUUCCCCCAGCUGCCCCCCUUUCCGGGAGAAGGAGGCGACCCACUAAAAGCAAAGGCAGCAAAUCUAGUCGCAACAGUUCCUUGGGGAAUAAAAGCCCCCAGCUUUCAGGUAAUUCGUCUGGCCAGGGAGCAGCUUCAGUCCUGCACCCCCAGCAGACGCUCCAGCCUCCUGGCAGCAUCCCAGAGACUGGGCAGAAUCAGCUCUUACAGCCCCUUAAGCCAUCUCCCUCCAGUGACAACCUCUAUUCAGCCUUCACCAGUGAUGGUGCCAUUUCAGUACCAAGCCUUUCUGCUCCAGGUCAAGGGACCAGCAGCACAAACACUGUUGGGGGAACAGUGAACAGCCAAGCCGCCCAAGCUCAGCCUCCUGCCCUGACCUCCAGCAGGAAGGGCACAUUCACUGAUGACCUGCACAAGCUGGUAGACAAUUGGGCCCGAGAUGCCAUGAAUCUUUCAGGCAGGAGAGGAAGCAAGGGACAUAUGAACUAUGAGGGCCCUGCGAUGGCAAGGAAGUUCUCCGCCCCCGGUCAGCUGUGCAUCUCCAUGACCUCAAACCUGGGCGGCUCUGCCCCCAUCUCUGCAGCAUCAGCUACCUCUCUAGGUCACUUCACCAAGUCCAUGUGCCCACCGCAGCAGUACAGUUUUCCGGCUCCACCCUUUAGCACUCAGUGGAGCGGGACAGGUGGCCCCACACCGCAGCCGCUUGGGCAGUUCCCGCCUGUAGGGACUGCUUCCUUACAGAAUUUCAACAUCAGCAAUUUGCAGAAAUCCAUCAGCAACCCCCCAGGUUCCAACCUGCGGACCACUUAGUCAGACCUAGAGACAUUCACUGAGUAGAUUUGGGGGCAGGAGAGGGAAUGCUGACUACUAGUGCUGCAUUUAACUGAUUAUUUGCUAACUACUAGUGCUUCAUUUAACUGAUUAUUUCUUGCCAGAAAAGAAUGUGUUUAAUACUGCUUAGAGCCCUCAGGGUGGAGAGUGUUUCUCCCCCUUCGCCAUCAGCUGGAGUGGACAAGAAGGAAGGAGCAGCUUUCUUGUGGUGGGGCAGCUUCAGAUUGUGUUUUCCUGUUUCCCUGUACCCACAGCGAGGGCCAGCAAAGAGAAAGGCUUUAUCAGAAAGCUACUAGAGCACUCAAUGGAAAACGAAACCCCAUCUGUAUUUUCAAGUGGGUGGAGCUCUUAAUUUGGGUAUCCGCCCCAAGUCCCUAUUCCCUCAAAAAUCUAAACCAGAAGACAAAAAAAAGUAUUGGGCUCUCUCCUACCCUGUUCCCCCACCCAAUCCCCACUUUUUUCCCUUUCCUUUUUUCUCUCUUUAGAACCCAGUGGAAAACACCAGGAGACUGAGGUUUUAGCCCUUUCUUAAGAUAGGUCAUUAGUGCUUUAAGCAAAUAUUAGCAGCUUUGACUGCAGCAUUAGCAAUUAGGAAAAAAAAGAAAAAGAGUUCCCUGCGGACAUGUAACUUGCCAUCAGUUUUGAUGUGGAAACACUGUGAUGUAUGAAUGUUGUUGGACAACAGUAGUUUUAAGAUGAAAAUAUGAAAGGUUUAAAACGUUGGAAAAAAAGCUAGCUCUGUCCUUUACUUAUUGAGACACUUUAACUUUUUCCUUUGUACUUCCAUUGUAUUAGAUAAAUAAAUGUGAAUGUAAAAUUGUAUAAAUUACUGUACUUGAAUACUUCUGUUCAACCAGUAUUGCUUGCUGGAUUUUUUAGUGCCUUGGACUUCUAUUGCUUCUGCCAUUAGCAUCAACUUCUCAUCAGACCCCCAGAUCAGCAAAGGGCAUAUGGAAGGAAAUCUAAGGUCCACGUGACCCCAGCAGUGGAUGAUGCCAAAGGGAAAUUGAACAAUUUUUUUUUUAAAUAAGUCAUUUAACAAUUUUGUCUAGAGCAGGUGUAAGAUGAGCAGGGUGAGAAGUUAAGUUGACAUCAGUGGUUGAAAGCAGAACGUUGUUUGAGGAGGGGGUACUGGAACAAAACUGAGCAAUUGAAGAUAAGGUGAUGUGUGAUAUGUGAAAGAAAAAGACUAAAAGUGAGAGAACAAAUUUGUUUAGAAGAUAUGUGAUACUUGGCCAAUGGAUGCCAUAAGCCUUACUCGUUUGAGCUGGGCUUGAACAGGCCUAGAAGAAAUGGCUGAACAUAAAGGGAAGCGAAUGGGAGCUGGUUUUUAAGCUGGGAAACGUGGUAGUGGAAAGUCAUAGAUGGAGAAAGUUGCUCUAAGAACUAUUUGGGUUGCUUUCCUCUAGUUGCAAAUGUACCAGGCAUUUCUCAGCUUGGGGGUACUAUAUUUUUUAUUUUUUGCGAAAAGUGGACCCACAUCUGAAUUAAGCACUGUAGGAAAGAAUGCUUUUUCUUCCUGCUCUUCUCCUGUAUAAUGUUCAAAUGGUUGCAGGAUCACAUCUUUCAUGCCACCUUUAUUUCUGCAAUUGCAACUGAUAUUCUUGCAUUUCAUAGUAACAAUAUUCUCCUUAAGUAGUAACUGCAACCAACCAGUAUUAUUUAGCUAUGCCUAGUUGUAAUGGGCAGUUCUGUUAUUUUCAGAGCUUUCAGGAAAUACUCUCCUAAUUGGCUAUGUUGGGAUCUUUAUUAUCUCAGAAGAUGGGGGGGGAGCUAGGAACCUUAAUUUUGGGGUGCUUCUUGUCUUGACUCUUGAGUUGGGAAAUUGACAUAUUCUAACCUCUUACCCACCUCAAUGGUCCUGUUCCUUUGUCGGCCCUGUCUCCUUAAGUUAGCCUAGGCCCCAAAGAUACAAAUGAAAGCUGAAGAUUUUAAAAAGGUAGAAAUGAACAGGGCAGGGGUUCCAAGCCCUCCUUCAAAAUUGUUUACUUAUUUGCUUACAAUUCUUGGGGAGAUGGAAAGAGUAAGGCUAGAACAAAGAAGGUGGCCAAAUAAAUAAGAAAUGGACCACCUAAGAUGAAUAAAACAAUAUUUUCUACUAGAGAAACGAGCAAACCAAAUGCAGCACAUUGUUUGUUAUUUUGGUUUAAUAAUGUUGAGAUCUCUUCACUCACAAAAAAAGUAACUGGUUUUAUUUACUGUUGAUUAUUUUUCCCUCCUGUGGAUGAAAUAACUGAAGCCUAGAGGAAUGAACUAGUGCUACUGAAAUGUUUAAAUUAUUUUUGUGUUAAUAGUACACUUUGAGUAUCUUUUUUCCACAUUAAAAAAAUCUUUCUGAAUUAUAAAUGUUUUCCUUACAUUAUUUAACAAUGUACACUGUUUUAAAAAAUGAAUAAACUGAAUUCAAACCUUGGGUUUCUCCGCAGCCGUUAAUUGUACAUUUUGCACUAACUCUGGGUGUUGCGCUUCUUGUAAAAUUGCACUUUGUGCUUCAGUUUGUUACCUUUGUAGACUUAUUUAAUGAAACCAUUCAAAUAAA